CGGAUCUACAGGCGCCAUUUAGCUGAAGGGCAGCAACCAGGGUACAGGAGCUGCGGUGUGAGGGAGACUCCAGACUCGUCUGAUAAAUGGGAGAGGAGAAGGGAGCGCUGGGAGCAAUCACAAAAACAACAUCGAGAGCGCCCCAUAUCCCGCCGCUCCAUCAGCAAAGAAAAAUGGGGUGGAAACUUUGGUUGUCGCUGAUCCCAAAAUGGUGGAAUAUCAUGGAAGUAACAACGUGGAAAACUAUGUGUUGACCGUCAUGAACAUGGUUGCUGGGCUCUUCCAUGACGCUAGCAUUGGGAACAGGAUAAACAUUGUUAUCGUGCGUCUGAUCCUGCUAGAGAGUGAGGAGGAGGACCUGAAGAUUACUCAUCAUGCGGACAACUCUCUGCGCAGCUUCUGCAAAUGGCAGAAGAACAUCAAUAUGAAGAGCGAA